AAACAAAAUAAGUAAGUAAAAAUAAGGGAAAAAUCUGAAACUGUAAGUGACCAGCGAGAAAGAAAAACUGAAAAUUAAAAAUAAACUUGUGUCACAAAAAUAUCGGAAUCUCUUUCUUCAAAAUUUUGACAAUUCAAAAUCUCGGUACGUCACAAAUAUUUACAUUACAACCACAAAAAAACAUAAGGGUUCCGCUAGCGUAAAGAAAAUUAAAAACAAAAUUAAAUGAGUAACAAAAACAUUCAAACCUCAUCAUAUUUUUGAAAUUUUGACAAUUCCAAAUCUAGGUCUGCCACAAAUAUUUAGAUCACAACCACAAAAAACAAUUGAAUUUAACUUUAUCCGAACAGUACUAAAGGGUGAUUAAAAUUUCAAUUUUGAUGCCACUUAAGAAGUGUACGCCCUUGUAAAAUCUUUCUUUAUGGUUCGAUUGUUUUUUUUUUUUGAUAGCUCUCUAAACAAUGUAUUAAAACCUUGUUUUGCUUAUUGCUUAAAAUUAAAGUCAUGGCCAAGUGAGACUAUUUAACAAAAGAGAGAGAAGUACUAUUAGGGUUUUUAAAAUAUAUAUGAAAUAUCUUUUGCGCCCUGCAUAAGGCUGUACAUCAUUGUAAAAUUUUUGAUUAUGGUUUGACUUUGAUAUAUUUUUUUUGUUGAAUAGAUUUCUCAAAAACGCACUAAAACUUUAUAUUUCUUAUUACAUAAACCAGAAGUCAUGGCUAACUGUGACAAUUUUUUUAUGUCAAAUAUCGAGAAGAGCUAUUAGAGGAUUUCUUUAAAAAUAAAGUGUCAACGAAUUGUUAUUCAGAACUACAGAAAACCAAACUAUACUAUCGAAUACAGGGCGUUCAAAAUAUAACGAGCGCCUCGCUUAAGCAUUACUCCUGUACGAUGUUUAUUUAUGGCUCAAUUUUAAUAACAGAAAUUUCAAAAUUGGUUGACGUCGGUAUACUGUUUCCUUUUCAAAACCAAGUUUGCCAUGGAGAAGCGAAUAUUCGACUGUAAAAUUUACUCGCUAAUUUAUAUUUUCAUUUUGUUUGCAUUAUACCUUUCAAAUACUAAGAUUUAUUAAUUGUUUUAACAUGAUGUUAAAAAAUAAGUGUCACUUAAAAGCUUUUUUUAUCAUUAUUUUUGAAAUUUGUAUAAUUCAAAUUUGUAAUUAAAUCAAAUUAAAAUCACAUACAAAAUAAUCGCAAUUCACAAGCUUUACAGUAAUUGAACUGAGGUUUUACUUGAUAAAAAUGCAUUUAUCAAAAUAAAUAAGAACUAAAAGUUCAGAUUUUCACGAAAUUAUAUAUUAUGACAUGACAAUUGUUUCGACAACUUGGGGUUGGUUUUAUUUUUAUAUUUAAUAACAAAUUUUAAAAUAAGAUCAUUAAAUUUAACGCGAAAUUUAAAUCACCCGCUUAGUGCUAUACUUUCAAGCUAAACAAUUCCAGGUGAUCGAGUGCCGACAUACGUGCUUCGCGCAUUCCGUAAACGACAAAGACGAUCGAUCAUGUACGUCAGUCCUCUCGACGUCGAAACUCGAAAAACAUCUGUCGUUACUUUCGUUGGUCCGCGCCGCGACCAUUAGUUAGUGAACGGCCGCCAUUGUGAUUUUCGAGUGGCCAUAUUUGUUCGACCAUCUUUUAUAAACAAAAAAAAUUAUGGCGGACCAUCAAAACAUUAUGUGCGAGGUGGAAAUUCAACCGGACAUCCAAGAAUGCGUGGAAAUAGAGACGAUACCGGUGGACAUGAGUGAUACGGUGGAAACAAUCGUAGAGUGCGGGGAACCUAUGAUGUCUAUGCAAUCUUUAGAGGGUAGAGAAUUAAUUUUGGAAACCCAGGAGGAAAUUAUAGACGACUCGGGGGACCCUUUAAAUCUGUACGACGUCCCGGUGCCGGACUCGUCCGAUUUAUACGUCGAAGCGUCGGCGGGGCCCUCGAGGAAAAGGAAGCACGCGAAAAAUCGGAUUCUGGCACGUCGCGAAAACGAACUCUUGCUAAGCGACAUGCACGUAGAAACCAAACCCAGAAAAUGGGAACAAAAACAAGUGCAGAUCAAAACGAUGGAAGGAGAAUUUUCCGUAACUAUGUGGGCCUCGGGAGCCAGCGACGACGAAGGCUCAAACCCUGAGCCAGACCCGGAUUAUACGGAGUACAUGACUGGUAAAAAGAUACCUGCGGACGGUAUACCCGGUUUGGAUCUGUCGGAUCCGAAGCAGCUAGCCGAAUUCGCCAGGCCAGGAUUAAAAAGCCCAAGGGUGAGAAGACCAAACCAAGAUAUGUCGGAACGGACCAUCGCGUGUCCGCAUAAAGGUUGCAAUAAAAUGUUCCGGGACAAUUCGGCAAUGAGGAAACACUUGCACACUCACGGACCAAGGGUUCACGUGUGCGCGGAGUGCGGCAAAGCCUUUGUCGAAUCAAGCAAAUUGAAACGACACCAGCUAGUCCACACGGGCGAGAAGCCUUUCCAGUGUACCUUCGAAGGCUGUGGGAAGAGGUUUAGCCUUGACUUUAACUUGAGAACUCACGUCAGGAUACACACGGGCGACAGGCCCUACGUAUGUCCAUUUGACGGGUGCAACAAGAAAUUUGCCCAGUCAACGAAUCUCAAGAGUCACAUCUUAACUCACGCCAAAGCAAAAUCUAGAAAUAAUGUGCAGAGCAGGCCGUCCAACAACGUCCAAAUGAUGCAGCCGCCUUUUGUACAAAUUGAAGUCACGGACCCAGAGUAUAUCGUUUACACUGAUUAAUACAAGACUUGUACAUACCCUAGGCUAAGCGAACCACAAAAUUGUCUACCUUGUAUAAACCAAAUAAUACACUUCUUUCGUUUAAUAUCUAUCGUUUGACCAAUCAAAAAAGUUUCUGCAUUUGUUUUUGAUUUUUUUUUUUAACCGAAAUCAAGUCGCCCGUUGUCGCGCUCCCCGCACCCGCAGUCAUCCAAUAUCAUACCAAAGGUAUUAAAAAAUGGCGUUGAGAAACCUUUUUGAUUUGGUCGAAAUCAUUCUGUUUGAAUUUGCCAUUUUGUAUUUUAUAAGUACAUAAUAUAUAUAUUAUUUUGUGACUGAAUUUUUUGCAUUCAGAAUUAUUAAGAUUGUGUUGUGGAUCAGCGGGUUUCUAAUAUGUGAUGUGAGUUGUUUUAUUUCUUUCAGAGUGUUUCUUCUCUAUUCCUUAAGUUAGACGUUAAUUUAACAAUGAGUGUCUUGUAAAUUAUGUGAACAUAUUGUAAUUAAGUGAUAUAUGUACAUAGAACACAGUGAUUUUUGUAUAAAAAAAGAAAAUAAAGUUA